AUGCCCGUCCACUAUGGGCUGCUCACGUUGCUGGCUGUGUCUUCGGCGUGCUACGCGUCUUCCUCGCAGUUCUCAUUCGUUCCCAACACCUUCCCAAAUAUCUCAGCCUGCGUGAACCAGCCACCGACAUUCUCAUGCGAAAACACCACGACUAUCACGAAUACGUGUUGCUCGCCGACACCGGGGGGUCUGGUUCUGCAGACUCAAUUCUGGAAUACCUACACUGGGUUCGAGAGGCAGGGGCAGCUGUUGCCGAAGAACAGCUGGACUAUCCAUGGGCUCUGGCCGGACAACUGCGACGGAUCGUACGAGCAAUAUUGCGACUUGUCCAGACAGUACGAUCCGAAUCCUUCACCUGCGGUCCUCCCAGAUGGUACCGUAGUACCACCAUACAACGGUCCUGGGUUAGGUACAUUCGUAGAGGAGUUUGGCCGCUGGGACCUGCUUGAUUUUAUGAACAAGUAUUGGGUCAGCCAAGGGUCGCUCAAUUCUGAUUUCUGGGGUCACGAAUUUUCUAAGCAUGCAACUUGCACUUCGACUUUCGACCUGACUUGCUAUGGCCCCGACUACAAGAAGCACCAGGACACCGUUGACUUUUUCUUAGCUGUUGUUCGCGCGUUUAAAAUGUUUCCGACAUUUGAUACGCUCGCUGCAUCCGGGAUCAUUCCCUCUAACAAGACAACAUAUAGCCUCAGCCAUAUUCAAAAUGCACUCAAGGCACAAACAGGCUCUAUUCCUUUCAUUGGUUGUGGUCACAACGGAACCGUCCUCCAGGAGAUCUGGUACUUCAAUCAUGUCAUGGGAACAGAGCAGUUCGGAUCGUUCAAAAGCGUGGAUUCCACGACCAAAAGCAGCUGCUCGAACACGACAGGUAUAAACUAUUAUGAGAGAACGCCCACCUCAGAGCGUGAAGUCCGAUAA